GGGGCUGCGCGCCCCGCAACUGCACGGCAGGGCAAUGUCCGACUGGCUCGGCGGCGGCAGUAUAUAUAGCAGUGAUGAUGAUGAAGAGGAUGUUGAGAUGUAUGAUCAUGAUUAUGAUGGUCUGCUUCCCAAGGCUGGAAAACGUCACUUAGGAAAAACCAGGUGGACCCGUGAAGAGGAUGAGAAACUGAAGAAGCUUGUGGAGCAGAAUGGCACGGAAGACUGGAAGGUCAUUGCCAAUUUCCUUCCUAAUCGGACAGAUGUUCAGUGCCAGCACCGAUGGCAGAAGGUACUAAACCCAGAACUUAUUAAAGGUCCGUGGACUAAAGAGGAGGAUCAAAGGGUAAUAGAACUCGUGCAGAAAUACGGUCCAAAGCGCUGGUCUGUCAUUGCUAAGCAUUUGAAGGGAAGGAUUGGAAAACAGUGCAGGGAGAGGUGGCACAACCAUUUGAAUCCAGAAGUGAAGAAAACCUCCUGGACAGAAGAGGAAGAUAGAAUUAUUUACCAGGCACACAAGAGGCUGGGAAACAGAUGGGCAGAAAUUGCAAAGUUGCUGCCUGGACGAACUGAUAACGCUAUCAAGAACCACUGGAAUUCCACCAUGCGCCGCAAGGUUGAGCAGGAAGGUUACCUGCAGGAGUCCUCCAAGGCCUGUCACUCCUCAGCAGCUGCUGGCUUUCAGAAGAGCAACCACUUGAUGGCCUUUGCUCACAACCCACCUUCUGCACAGCUGCCCGUAGCCAGCCAGCCCCCUCUCAGCAGUGACUACCCCUACUACCACAUCUCUGAGCCCCAAAAUGUCCCUGGUCAGAUCCCAUAUCCAGUAGCACUGCAUGUAAAUAUUGUCAAUGUUCCUCAGCCAGCUGCUGCAGCUAUUCAGAGACACUAUAAUGAUGAAGACCCUGAGAAAGAAAAACGAAUAAAGGAAUUAGAGUUGCUACUAAUGUCGACUGAGAAUGAACUGAAAGGGCAGCAGGCAUUACCAGCACAGAACCACACAUCAAACUACCCUGGCUGGCACAGCACCACAAUUGCUGACAGUACCAGGACCAGUGGUGACAAUGCACCUGUUUCCUGUUUGGGGGAACAUCAGCACUGUACUCCAUCUCCACCAGUGGAUCACGGUUGCUUACCUGAGGAAAGUGCAUCCCCUGCACGGUGUAUGAUUGUUCACCAGAGCAACAUCCUGGAUAAUGUUAAGAAUCUCUUAGAAUUUGCAGAAACACUCCAGUUAAUAGACUCCGAUCCUUCAUCAUGGGGUGAUCUCAGCAGCUUUGAAUUCUUUGAAGACACAGACACUUCGGCUAGCAAAGCUACCUCAGGGAAAAUCAUGCAGCUUCAGCAAAGAGGGGCCAGUGCCUGUAGACCUCCAGGACACCCCAUAACAAACUCGAGCAAAAUCAUGCUGAGUCAGGGCUCUCCUGGCUCACCAAAGUCCUUAUCUGCCUCGCAGGGCAGCGCGGCUCCGUGGGUCCUUCUUCGCAAAAGGAGAGGGCACUCCAGCCCCUUAGCCAGUGGCCACGGUAGCACCUUGGUCCUAGCUGACGCCAGCAGCUCAACUCCUCCUAAGUGCUCCCCUGUCAAAAGCCUGCCCUUCUCUCCUUCGCAGUUCUUAAACACCUCAUCCAGUCAUGAAAACCUGAACCUAGACAACCCUUCACUAACUUCCACGCCAGUGUGUGGCCAUAAGAUGGCUGUUACCAUGCCAUUCCACAGGGACCAGGCUUUCAAAGCUCAGAAGGAAAAUCAUGUUUUCAGAACUCCAGCAAUCAAGAGGUCGAUAUUAGAGAGUGCUCCAAGAACACCCACUCCAUUCAAAAACGCGCUUGCAGCUCAGGAAAUCAAAUAUGGUCCUUUGAAGAUGCUGCCUCAAACUCCCACUCAUCUUGUAGAAGAUCUGCAGGACGUUAUCAAGCAGGAAUCGGAGGAAUCUGCAAUAGUGGCUGGGCUACAUGAAAGUGGACCCCCUUUGCUGAAGAAAAUCAAACAAGAGGUGGAGUCUCCAACAGAUAAAGCUGGAAAUUUUUUUUGCUCAAAUCACUGGGAAGAAGAAAACUUAAACACUCAGCUCUUUACACACACGUCUGCUAUGGAAGAUGUGCCAAAUCUUCUUACCAGUUCCAUUUUAAAGAUGCCUGUGUCUGAAGAGGAUGGUAGUUUCCACAAAACAUUUGCAGUACCCAGGAACAGGCCACCAGCUAGUCCUCUGCAGCACCUGAACAAUGCCUGGGAGUCAGCGUCCUGUGGGAAGAUUGAGGAUCAGAUGGCCCUGACAGAUCAGGCACGCAAGUACAUGGCCACCUUCCCCACCCGGACUCUGGUGAUGUGAAAGGGUCAACGAACAGAGAAGCAUUAUGGUUUUGAGAACACUUCACCUCUGCUGGGAAAUUCCUGUUCCUCUGCAUGAAAACUUUUCAUGAAUGGGAGAAGAGCCUAUCUUUGUUGUGGUACAACAGUUGGGAGCAGCACAAAGUGCAUUUAGUCACUCAGCAUAUAUAUUCUUGUUGGAUU